AGAUCCUCGCAGUAUGUGGACAGUGCGGGACACAAAAACGCAAGAGGUUACUGUCCUCAACAGUCAGGCUCCAUCUGUAUCGGGCAACCAUGUCAAUGGAAAAAAUCUCAGCUCCGCGAAGGUGAACCAGGGCCGAACUAAGAAGAUGACUGAACGAAAACGAAAACGGGAGGUUUCAGCAACUGACGGUGGGUCAACCCUCCAUGAACCAGCUUCUAAAAACAAAAAACAGCAACGAAAGGAGAAGAGACGUCGCGGAAAUGGGGGAACAGCACUCACUGCGGUGGAGAGCCUUCCAGUGGAGUUCAACGCCAUUCCCUGGUCGGAAGUGCAUACUCAUGAAGGAUUUUUGAUGGGUGAUAAUCAAGGACCAGGAGGUUUUCUUUGCCUAGAGGAGAUUGAUGGGGUUGAUGUGGAAUAUGAGACUGGUGCGGGUGGUGGGAAGGUUAUCAAGUUCAAGAAAGUUAAGGAGUUAAAGGCGCAAGGAAAGCCGGCACGGCCAGAUGUCCCACCGACUCCGUCCGAGAUGGAAGGAUUUAUCAGUAUCGAUGAUUUUGCUGAAGGAGCCGAUACAAUGGAGGAUGAGGCGGAGGAUGAUGCCGCAGAUGCGGCGGAGGUCAUGGACACGCAUGCGGAAACAGCCGCAGAGGAGAUUGCUUCUGAAAAUGAAGUGCGCGAAACAGGAUCAAAAUCGUCGAUAUCGAUCGAACCUGCUGACGUUGGGCAGGACAUGUCUGCCUGGGAAGCGAUGGGCCUCGCUCCUGUUUUGGUUCAAGGGUUGGCCGCUCUAAAGUUCUGUACUCCUACGGAAAUCCAGCAAAGUACACUUCCCUUGGUACUUGAUGGGAAACGCGAUGUUAUUGGAGCCGCGCAGACAGGAUCUGGCAAGACUUUGGCGUUUGGACUUCCGAUACUUCAGUCCAUCGCUCUUAGGACUACUACCGCGAAAGAUCCGGGACUGCAUGCGUUGAUCUUAACUCCAACUAGGGAGCUAGCUCUGCAGGUGACCGAACAUUUGAAGCAGGUUGCUAGGUUUAUGAAAGCAAAGAUCGUCCCUAUCGUUGGAGGGAUUUCUGUCCCAAAGCAGAAGCGACUUAUCUCUACGAAACCGGACAUCAUCAUUGGUACGCCAGGUCGUCUUUGGGAACUUGUAUCUGAGGAUGCCGCCUUGCUUGCAAGGUUACGAGGGAUCAAAUAUCUGGCCAUAGAUGAGGCAGAUCGGAUGCUUGAGCGCGGCCAUUUCAGGGAGCUUGAUAAUAUAUUGAAGGCUGUAUCCGUGAAACAUCGUGCCAAGCAAUCCACAAUAGAACGGCGAACCUUCAUUUUUUCAGCUACUCUAGUACAUGACGGCCGGUUGAAACAGAAGCUCAAGAAAGGCUCAAAGAAACAAAGCUCACAUGUACCUUCAAUGGACGAUCUACUGGAUAGGCUGGAAUUCCAAGAUCCCGAACCCUGUUAUGUCAACGUUUUGCCGGAAAGUGUGACAGCAGACAAGCUACUUGAGACUCGAAUUGACUGCUUGCAUACGGAAAAGGAUGCUUUUCUGUAUUAUAUUUUGACUCGCUAUCCUGGACGUACCAUUGUUUUUGUGAACAGUAUUGAUGCCAUUAGGCGGUUAGUACCGGUGCUCUCCCAUAUGAAAGUCAAGGCGUUACCUCUGCACGCUGAAAUGCAACAAAGGCAGCGAUUAAAGAAUUUGGACAGAUUCCGCGAGUCGAAAGAUGCUGUUCUUGUGGCAAGUGACGUUGCGGCACGCGGUUUGGAUAUACCAAACAUUGAACACGUUGUGCACUAUCAACUACCUCGCACUGCGGAUCUUUACGUCCAUCGUUCAGGACGUACGGCACGUGCUGCUUCAGAUGGUAUAAGUGUUAUGCUGUGCUCACCGCAAGAGGUACCCGUCUACAAAAGGAUUUGUCAUAUUCUUGGAAAAGAAGAUGGUAUCCCCGAGUUUCCACUAGACAGAUCCCUUUUGACUGGAAUAAAGCAGCGCAUGGCGUUAGCUAAACAGAUUGAUGAACUCGAACAUAGGAAGCAGAAGACGCAACACGAAAAGAACUGGUUCAAGAAAGCCGCUGAGGAAGCUGAUAUCGAACUGGAUGAAGACUUCCUGGACACCAAAAGCGCGACGGACAAGGGGAAUGCAUCAACGGACGCUGAGGAAGCACGCAGGAAAGCCAAGUUGCAGUCGCUAAAAGCAGAGCUUUCGUCGCUACUGGCACAGCCAUUAGUGCCAAAGGGAAUAUCUGGCUUGUACUUGACCAGCAACGUAGAUAGUACCUUGCCAGAUGUACUCAUUGACACGGCUGAAACCGACACAAAGCUGCCCACACACCGACGAACAACUGCCGCCCAGGACAUCAAGCGUAAUGGCAAAGAAAUACGCGGUAAAAAGUAGUUGAAUUGAUUAACUCUGAUAAAUAGUUUAUAGAUCGUUGGCACUUGUAUAAAUUAGAGCAGAACAUCCCUUCAUAUCUCACAAACCACCUUAAGGCCAUCCUGGGGUCGGAAACGUAAGAUAGCAUUACAUUAAGUACAAAAAGCACUAAUAUCAACAACACAUCCACCUCA